GAGACGCGCGCGGGCCAGGUCUGAAACAGGAGCGGCGCGAUGAAGUCCGCAGGUGACGUCACGCGUGUCCGUGCAGCUCCGUGACUUUUCAGCGCCUCAACUUUCGCUUGUCUUCUUCUUUUCUCGGGACUUGUUCUUUAUUUUAAAUUUCGGAUGGAGAACUCGCGUGGAGAACUUGCGCCCAAGUUUGCGCCCCCGCGGCGGCCGAUCACGUGAAGAGAGCCCCCUCCACCACCCCCGCUAGAGGCCCCCCAUGCUGGGCAGCCCGUCCGACAACGGCGGCGUGAGGAUGCUGGUUCCCCCGGCCCCGAGCGACGACCGGCGGGUGGAGUUUGUGGCGCUCACCGCCGUCCACACGGAGAGGAGCGAGCCGUCCACGCCGGAGCGAGGGCUGCCGUCUCACCGCACCGGGCUGCUGGGCACGCCGCUGCCGGGACCUCCGGGACCCCGGGCCCACACGUCCGCCUCCAGCAAGCGCUUCCGAAAGUUGCAGAACUGCAUGUACAACGUGCUGGAGAGACCGCGGGGAUGGGCCUUCAUCUACCAUAUUUUCAUUUUUCUGCUGGUGUUCAGCUGCUUGCUGCUGUCCGUCUUCUCCACCAUCCCGGAACACGUGGGGGUCGCCAACCAAGGCCUCUUCAUCCUGGAGUUCGUGAUGAUCGUGGUUUUCGGGCUGGAAUACUUCAUCAGGAUCUGGGCGGCGGGAUGCUGUUGCCGAUACCGCGGCUGGCAGGGGCGGCUGAGGUUCGCCCGGAAGCCCUUCUGCAUCAUCGACUUCAUCGUGUUCGUGGCGUCACUGGCGGUGAUCGCGGCGGGCACGCAGGGCAACAUGUUCGCCACCUCCGCCCUGCGCAGCAUGCGCUUCCUGCAGAUCCUGCGCAUGGUGCGCAUGGACCGGCGAGGGGGCACCUGGAAGCUGCUGGGCUCUGUGGUCUACGCUCACAGCAAGGAGCUGAUUACAGCGUGGUACAUCGGCUUCCUGGUGCUCAUCUUCGCCUCCUUCCUGGUCUAUGUGGCCGAGAAGGACAACACCGACUUCAGCAACUACGCAGACUCUCUCUGGUGGGGGAUUAUAACGCUGACCACCAUCGGUUACGGCGACAAGAUCCCUCGCACCUGGCAAGGUCGUCUUCUGGCCGCUGGCUUCGCUCUCUUGGGCGUCUCCUUUUUUGCGUUACCCGCAGGAAUUCUGGGCUCUGGCUUUGCUUUGAAGGUCCAAGAGCAGCACCGGCAGAAGCACUUUGAGAAGAGACGCAUGCCCGCCGCCAACCUCAUACAGGCGGCGUGGCGCCUCUACUCCACAGACGCCAAACACUCGUACCUGACAGCCACCUGGUACUUCUACGACAGCAUGCUGCCUUCCUUCAGAGAACUGACGCUACUGUUCAGUCACCUCCAGCGACAGCGUAACACCAACAAGAAGGUUCUGCACAACUCCUACCACACGCCGCUGUCAGGGCUGCGGCCCUACAGCGCCCCCUACCUGUCGGGGGACAGGAAGGCAGAAGCUCCGUGCAGUCAACUCCUCGCUAAAAAGCGAGGCCGCUUCCGGAUUCAUGCCGGACGCAAGCAGAGCAGUAAAAUAGGCUUCCGGGAUCGCAUCAGGAUGAACAAUUCCCGAUCCGCCCAGGCCAUCCGCAGUAAGGCCUCGCCGCAGCCGCCCGCCUCCAACGUGGGGUGCUCCCCCAGCCAGGAGAACGUCCCCGACAACGCCAGCCCCGGGAAGGUGCAGAAGAGCUGGAGCUUCAACGACCGCACGCGCUUCCGCACCUCGCUGCGCCUCAAAGCGCGGCCGCCCGCCGACGCGGACGGGCUGGGAGAGGACAGCGUGGAGGACAGAGGCUACUGUGAAGUGGCUAUGGAUGAAGUCAUUCCCGCCGUGAAGACGCUCAUCCGGGCCGUCAGGAUUUUGAAGUUCCUGGUGGCCAAGAGGAAGUUCAAGGAGACGCUGCGCCCUUACGACGUGAAGGACGUCAUCGAGCAGUACUCGGCGGGACACCUGGACAUGCUGGGACGCAUCAAGAGCUUGCAGAUGCGAGUGGACCAGAUCAUCGGGCGAGGGGCCGUUCAGCCCGACAAGAAAGUGCGGCCAGAAAAGGGCGAGAAAACGCCGCCAGAGCUGGACUCUCUGGACGAGCUUAGCAUGAUGGGCCGUGUGGUUAAGGUGGAGAAACAGAUUCAGUCCAUUGACAACAAGCUGGACCUCCUGCUGAGUUUCUACUCACAGUGUCUGAAGAAAGGCUCCUCCCACCUCACCUUGUCCACCCUGCUGGACCCGGACCUUACCUCAGACUACCACAGCCCCACGGACCAAAGAGACCUCUUCCCGUCCGCCAACACGCUCAACAACAUCUCCCAGUCGGAGAGCUGCAACUUGGAGUCGCAGUCGCUCCUCAUGUGACUGCUACAGCCAGGGGCCACUAGAGGACUCCACCGGACCACCUUUUGGUCCUGCAGCGGAGGAGGAAGACAGAAAAACGGGGACAAACUAUUUGACACAGACGUCAUUCUGGUCCCUCACAGCGACGACGAGCAAGAGCGUGCAGAAGAAAGUCACAAUUCGGUGCGUGACCUCCUCCAAGGUGCUUUUUUUUUUUCCACACGAAUGGACAGACGUUGGCUAGAAAAAAUCUCCAUGUUUGCUCACUGCACGCUGGAGCGCGCCUCCGUGUUUACGUGCUAGCGUCGUUACACUUGGAAAGAGGUAACGCUGAAAGAAGAAGAAGAAUGCAGCGUAUUGCAUGACUUAGAAGCAAUGAUCUGUGUGCCUUCUGCUAACAGACACCGCCAUCAUUCAGAUUUGAAUACUGUAAAUAUCCUCAUUUGAGCGUGUCAACAACACCCGGGAGAGUGAAUGAAGUGUCUCGUUCGAAGAGACAGGCUGACGACCCACCCGCCACUUUAUUAGGAACACCUGCACAAUCCGCGAUAAAAGCCAAAAUUAAUUGGCGGUAUUUAUUUGACCAUGUUUAUGAUUAUUGUGCUGCAAUACUGUUAAUGAACAUUUUAAAUGCUUGUAUUCAAAGUUAAAACAGCCACAUUUCCACAAAUAUAUAUAUAUAUAAGCUUUUUGGGAUGAAUCUGCAGUCCAUCCAUCCAUUUUCUACCACUUGUCCCUUUCAGGGUUGCGGGUGCUACUGUAUAACACGCUCUACAUCCAUGUAUUGUGCACUGUUUUACAGAGAUCAGUCCUACGCUACGUGUGUGUGUGUGUGUGUGUGUGUGUGUGUGUGUGUCUAUAUAUAUAUAUAUAUAUAUGUAUAUUUAUAUAUAUAUAUAUAUAUAUAUAUAUAUAUAUAUAUAUACUGUGUGUGUGUAUAUAUAUAUGUAUAUAUACAUACACACACAUAUAUUUAUAUAUACACACACAAUGUACAUAUAUACAGUACACAUACAUGUACAAAAGUACAGACAUAUAUUUUAUAUAUAUAUAUAUAUACAUAGGGCUUCACGGUGGCAGAGGGGUUAGUGCGUCUGCCUCACAAUACGAAGGUCCUGCAGUCCUGGGUUCAAAUCCAGGCUCGGGAUCUUUCUGUGUGGAGUUUGCAUGUUCUCCCCGUGAAUGCGUGGGUUCCCUCCGGGUACUCCGGCUUCCUCUCACUUCCAAAGACAUGCAGCUGGGGAUAGGUUGAUUGACAACACUAAAUUGGCCCUAGUGUGUGAAUGUUGUCUGUCUAUCUGUGUUGGCCCUGCGAUGAGGUGGCGACUUGUCCAGGGUGUACCCCACCUUCCGCCCGAUUGUAGCUGAGAUAGGCGCCAGCGCCCCCCGCGACCCCGAAAGGGAAUAAGCGGUAGAAAAUGGAUGGAUG